UAUGUAAAUAAUAUUUUAACUGAAAUACUCAGUGCUCAUUCCUCAAAUGUACACAUACACUGAAUUUAUGGAAAAAUCUUUCUAUCAACCGGACCAAAAAUUUCAAAAGAACAGUCAAUAUUAGAAAAUAACCAAAGGAUGUAUUUGGAGAACUUAUUGAAUGUGGAGCAAACCGUUCUCAGUUGGUGCAAAGUAUAGUAAGCCCGUUUUAUUAUGACUGCAUGCCAUCAGUUAUGUUAAUAAUUUGGAAAAAAACACAAUGGAUGAAACCCAUAGAAUUUUAUUAAAAGAUCGCGUACCGAAUUGAGCAUCCCUUUUCGAAGUUGAGUCGAUUAAAUUUAAUGGAGUGAAUUUCACAAUUGGUUGCGCGUUGAUACUUCUAGACCCAAAGGAUGACGGUGAAUUACCUGUAUAGUUGGGAUUGUAAAGUAUAUUUUCUACAGAAGAUAAAGAUGGCCUUUAAAUUGUCAAAAGCACACCAGUAAUGCAACUUCACACUAUGGUAACGACAAUCAAAUGGCAUUAUGAAUAUGUGGGAGACAUAUUAUGAGGAUUCAUAAUAAAAUUAACUCUGAAAAAUGGAAAAGACUGAUAAAGCUGUGUCUACUGAAGACUUACAUUUCAAACCACAAAGGGCAAUUUACGUAGAAGUUGCAAAAUUAGAAUCUGUAUUUAGAAUCCUUGUGGAAAAUAAAGCGCAAGCAAUAAAAAAUGACAAAGUACAGCUGUCGAGCAUCAAUUCAAGUCCCAAAAGCUUCGUGCAUCGUUUACGAAUGGCCUCUUCGUUAUCGUCAAACUAUUCCAAGGGGACCGUUAAAAAAAAUUCGCCCAGUCCCAAACACAGGAGGCGUAGAAGAUUAACAGAUGAAGAAGAAUUGGAUUACAACUUUAAGAAAUCGAAAACUGAUGAUACAACCAAGGGCGAUGUACAAAGCCCACGCUUUAAAAGGCAUCGCUGUUGUCUACGGCCGUAUGGGGAUGAAGAGACAAGAGAAAUUAUCAAAUAUCUACAUUGUGAUAGCAUUUGCUCAGCUGACGACUACAUAAACAUUUCACCAGCAUCAUAUCCAUGUUGUUCCACGGAACACCCGCAAAUGACAAUGCCGUGCACCGCCGACUAUGUCUCGCUCAAAAUGGAAGGUUUUGAAGAUAUUGGAGAUGAGUCAUCAAUAGCCUAUCGUAAUUAUUUAAAUAAGGAUAAACGCAGGCGUCAUAGAAGACGAAGAAGAAGAAGAAAGAAACACUUGGCCAGUCACAUUGAAAUUACUUCUUUGCCUAUAUCUGAAGAAGUAAAAGAGAUUGAUCCAGAUGAGCUUCCGCCGAGAGCUCGAUGGACAAUUGUUGUCACUGCAUGUUUACUGUUGUUCAUGUGUCUUCUUCUUGUGGGGAUUACGCUACGGAUGGCACCGAUUAUAGAUGAUAUGGUUCGAAAAGAAAACGAAGAAUUUAUGAACUCUCUGCACAGAGAACCAGGGCAUCAUAACUUCCACAAUUUAUCUCCUCCAAUCUAUAAGUAAUAACGAUAUACCUCUAAAAUAAGAGCAUGCGAUAUAUUAAGUGUACCCUCAAAUUUGAUAUGUUUGUUAUACCUGUACAUAAACUAAGCGUCCAAAUCAUUGUUCUGUUUUAUAUUUUAACCAGAUAUUGUU